AUGAUCGAGAGUAAUGACUGCAGAGAGCUGCAGAUCAUCUUGGCGACCUGCUUCAUCUUUCUGCUGCGCCUGAAAGACGAGGCACUGCCGUUGCGGAGAGGCUUGCCAACGGACGGCCCAAGCCUGUCACUGAGGAGUGCCGAAAGGCACAGCGCGGUCUUCGUCCAUUCGAAUGCCCUGCACGUCGUCCUUCGCUCGCGGAAGAACAGGGAUGAGGGGACGCACCUGGUCCGCCCCUGCAGCUGUGGGAGUGUCCCCGCGGACCUGAAGCGCCUGGUGUCGUGGCGCGAAAUUUGCCCUGUGCAUGUGGUCGGGGCCUUCGUUCGGUCGAAGAAGCACGGGGAGGCCCUCUUCCCAUCGAUCACCUACAAGUUCAUCCUCGACAAGAUGAAGGAAGCCGGCCGGGCCGAGGCGGCCCCGGCAAACUUUGGCACGCAAUCACUGCGGCGGGGUGCCGCGCAGAGCAUUGUCGCGUGCGGAGGCAACCUUCGCGACAUUUUAGUCGCGGGGGAGUGGAGUAGCAAGGCAUUCAGAGAAUACCUGGACCGUGAGGAGAUUUUCAAGGCUGGGAUCCUUGAGCAGGCCAAGGGGAAGGCCAGGGAUGUCCUUGGCUCUUCAGAUGAUGACUCUGAGUGA